AUGCCACCCCCCUUCCUGUCUGUGCAGGCCGACACCAAGCUGCCGCCUUGGAAUGCAAUCUACGCCGACCUGACCGCUGCCGGCGUGGACAGCCUCAGCCCUGAGGACGCCUUUGACAUGUCUGAGCUGGGCAAGGCGGUGGUGAUCGAUGUGCGGCCCAAGCAGGACCACGAGCAGGCGCACCCCAAGGGGGCCGUCAACGUGCCCGCCUUUUUGAUCAUCGAGUCGCCCUCCUCGCCCGGCGAAUGGGGCAAGUGGAUUGCCUGCAAGGCCAACGGCGUGGUUCCCACAAAGGUGAACCCAGAGCUGGCAGCCACGAUCGCGGCGGCGGCGGCAGACGGCAAGGCGGCCAUCCUGGCCUGUGAAGCGGGAGGCACCCUGGAGCCAAGCGUCAACUUCCCGCAGGGCAAGGUGUCCCGCUCCCUCAAGGCAGUGGUGACCAGCAAGGUGCUGCCCGCCGAGCGCGUGAAGCACCUUGACGGCGGCGUGUUCAGGUGGUUUGCUGCGGGGCUGCCCAUGGUGGGCGAGUACGAUGCCAGCAACGCCGGCAAGACGCCCAACACCGCCGAGAAGCCAAGCGGCCGCUUCAUUGAUGGCAGCGAGUGA